ACGAGACAUGUCAUCAUUAUUACAUUUUUCGACUUAAAUUACUUCAGAUCGAUAUUUUUUAAUUUAAUGAUUUUUAAUACAAUUACAAAUGAACUUAGAUUACAUAUUAGAAAAUAUAAUUGACAAUAUUGGUCAUUAUUUCGGUCAUACAUUGCAGGAACUAAACACAGUAAAUUUAGGAAUACAGUUUUCCGAAUUUCAAUUUGUUCUCUUGAAGAUAAUUUCAUUCCUUUUGUUAAUAAUUUGCGUAUUGAAUUUGGUAUUUUGGCGACGUUACGGUGAAGUAAUUACGGAAAAAUUCAUAAAACAAAGCACUCUAAAGGAAAUUGAAGAAUUAAAGCUAUCGGUUGCGAAACUAAAGUUGCCAAAAGAGCAUUCACCAAGAAUUUAAGGAAUGUCUAAAAUAAAAAAAUUUUUUUCUAAAAAAAAGGAAGAAGCUAAAUUUAGGUUAAAUGCCGGUGGUGGAUCUUUAGGGCAAGGGAGAAAA